CCAACGACACUGCUGACUUUCCCUGCUGGGAGCGUCAAGGGAAGAAAGCGCUGCACAGAAAUCACCAUCCUCAACGACUACUUACGAGAAGGAAGAGAGGCGUUCAGUAUAGAGGCUGUCUCCACUUCUUCUCUUCAAGUUACUUUUGGCAGCGGGCGGGCAGGAAGUUCAAGUGUUUCAGUUGAAGUCAUUAUUAUAGAUGAUGACGAGCCAUUCAUACCGGAAGACGAGUGUAGGGGCAGGUGCAGCAUCAGAAAUCGUGCCAACAGCAACACUUUCUCACAAAACUUGUACACCUUCGCUGUUCACAUUGAGGCAAUUGGACGCAUUGACUCCAACGACAGUUCAGUGCUCGACACAGUCAUCAUUGAGUGCUGGGAAGUUGGGUCGCCUCACGUGUGUCCUGAAGAGAAUCACACGCGCUACUCCAUCCCCGUCUGCCGAGACUGCGUCCUGGACUUUCGCAGUGGAGAGGAGUACCUGAUUGCCGGUCGACAUGUCCAGGGUCUAGGACGAGGGAGAGGAAUGUAUCUUCCCAACUACCGCAAGGGAGGACUCCUCUCCAUGUGGAGGAAGAGCUACAGCAGUGUGGGGGAAUGGGUCAACCCAGCAACAAACCAAACCAUGUACUGAUUCAUUUGAAAUCACAUAACAAUUCUCAUGAAAAUUUUUCAAUGUCAAAU